UCGUCGAGCUAUUGACAACUCAAGUCGCGAAUCGGAGGAGUUUUAGUUUUCCUUCGACCGGGAACCGCAACGGACGCAUUCGAAAUAUAUUGUUAGACCAAGGAAGAUACACUCUACAGCUAUGCAGUGGCUAUUGUGUGCUGCCGUUUUGCUUUUUGUGGCAUGCAGUUAUCCUUCGCAAGCAGCUAGGAUAUCCGCCCUAGAAAUUGAGCGGCGUCCGCCGCAAAAGCAGGCUAAGAUUGGAUCCAGGAACUAUCCCAUCGAAUAUGUCCUGCUGCCGAGUGCUCGCGGUGGUUACAAAAGACGUUAUGUCCACAACCUGGCCAAAGCUGCUCCUCCAACCACCACCGAACGUCCUUUGGUUCGUGUUUGGAAUAGUUUCGUUCGCAGUGUUCAGCCCGCCUUCAGCUUCCGCAACCUGACCAAUCCACUGGCCAACUUCUUCAACGACGGGAGUGCCAACAUCAUUGAGACUUCGCCCGUCUACCUGCAGUCCUACGAUGAGGAUCAGGAGCUGCCGCAAGAGGAACCUGCACCGGUGGCUUCAACGAGUUCCAACAAGCGCAAGCGAAAGCGCCGCAAGCAACAGAAGCGACGACCCAUCUACGAGGAGUCGGAGGAGAAUGAUGAUGAUAGCUACAGUCCCUACGAUCCUUACUAUGCGGCACCUCCUCCGCCGUCGUCCGCAGAGCCCAUGUUCUUCUACGACUCCAACUCCGGCAGCUACUACGGGGUGCAGCGCUUCAGUCCGCAGGAUUUCCAAGCUAGUUUCUACAACAACUUUAAUGACCAGCAGCAGGGCGAUCCGGAGGAGAUGGAGAGCGAGCCCGUGGUAAGGAGGCUGGGCACCCGGAAGGUGACCCUGCUGCGCCCGCUAGCCGUUUCAUCGGCCAAGGGCCAAACCACGGCAAAGCUAACGGAAGUGAGCAAGCCAGAAACGACCAGUGAGAACGAAGAUACGAUGGAGGAAACCGACAGCAGCGCAGCGAGCGUUGCAACGACAAACGAUGAAGACGACAGCGAUAUCGCAACCCACUCACCGCUCUCCGAGAGCAUGCGCAAUAGUCUGGGCACGUACAUGCGCGACGAUCGCCACACCCGCCAGCGCCAGAGGCUCGCGAGCGAUGGAGCAGGAGGAGCUCUUGAUUCGGGGGCCAAAGUUUCGCCCCGCCACCAUCAACGCCGCCUGUUCCGUCUGGGCGCCUGGUGAUCCGUGCUAAACUAUCUUGAAUAAACUCUUUACGUAUGGAUGAUCGUGUAUUUAUCGUAUGUGUUAAAUGCGAGUGAUA